CGGCCCCUAUGCGCGCACUCCGAUGACGUUUCCGUCUCGGGUGAUUCGGGGGUGCACAGCGCAGGCACAACCACGGAGGCCGAAAGCGCAGCGGAACCUGCUGGCUCCGGGUUCCAGUUUCCGCAUGCGCUCCGAGCCGCUUUGGGCGACGGCCCCGGGAACCCGGAGCGCUAAGGAGAACGGACCUCAGAGGUUGUCUGAAGGCCGAGGCCAAGAUGGCGGCGCUGUCAGCUCCUGGCCUGCGCAGCUUCUGGAUCCUUGGUCUUCGCUCCAGCGUGGGCACAGCUGUGCAGGCACAAGGUGUUCAUCAGAGCGUGGCCACCGAUGGCCCAAGCAGCACCCAGCCUGCCCUGCCAAAGGCCAGAGCCGUGGCUCCCAAACCCAGCAGCCGGGGCGAGUAUGUGGUGGCCAAGCUGGAUGACCUCAUCAACUGGGCCCGCCGGAGUUCUCUGUGGCCCAUGACCUUCGGCCUGGCCUGCUGCGCCGUGGAGAUGAUGCACAUGGCCGCACCCCGCUACGACAUGGACCGCUUCGGCGUGGUCUUCCGCGCCAGCCCGCGCCAGUCCGACGUCAUGAUCGUGGCCGGCACACUCACCAACAAGAUGGCCCCAGCGCUUCGCAAGGUCUACGACCAGAUGCCGGAGCCGCGCUACGUGGUCUCCAUGGGGAGCUGCGCCAACGGAGGAGGCUACUACCACUACUCGUACUCGGUGGUGAGGGGCUGCGACCGCAUCGUGCCUGUGGACAUCUACAUCCCAGGGCUGUCAGCCUCCACCUUCAGAGGCCGGCACGGGAGACCCCUCAAAAGCCGAGCCGGCUGCGCUGUGCACGCGGUCAUGCAGGCUCUGGCUGCGAGAAGGGAGACUGAGGCAAGGUCCCUGCAGGCUGCCCACCCACGGCCGAGGCCCUGCUGUACGGCAUCCUGCAGCUGCAGAGGAAGAUCAAGAGGGAGCGGAGGCUGCAGAUCUGGUACCGCAGGUAGCGCCGGCGCCGCCACCUGAGCCUGUCGCCAUCCUGUCCCCAGCCUGCUUGUGUCCCGUGAGGUUGUCAAUAAACCUGCCAUCGGG